AUGUCAUAUGCAUUAAGCAUCUAUUUGAGUAACUAUGACAAUCCUCCUCACAUUUGGGCUGUUUCUGAAAUGACAGAUGAAGCACCAAGAUCAGCUAAAAAGAAACAUUGGAGAGCCAAGUCCAAUCUUGAGUCACAGGUUUGUGAUCAAAGACUGGUCUUUUUAAUAGAAUGAAACUUCAGCGCAAUGUGUAACAAGAUAGGAAAACACUAAACAUUUAGAGAUGAACUUAAGAGGAUGAGAAUGGAAAGGAUUGGCAUACAAUGCAAAUUACAACUAUGCAAAUGUCAGAAAAAUUUUUGAUAGAUUAUACAUGUAGGCACUGUGACCAGCUCAUUGUAAGCCUUGGUGUGUACUUUUCUGUGUGGAAGUUUUCUUUUUUUCGGAAAUUUGUGUUUUAAUCAAAUGGAAGCAUCUGCAAAGAGUGCAAAUUAUAUUACUAGGUGUUGAUUUUACAUAUUCCAGUUCUGUAGGGCACCAAUAAAUUCAAAACAUUUGGUUUGCUCUGAUUUUUUUCUUCAUGCAUGAGUUAAGGUGCCAACUUGUUGUGAAUUAUGUUAGCCAAUAAAUACCUGUGUUUAGGAGAUAGAAGAAUUCUCCAGCUAGUUAACAGAAUUAUUAGUCUAAAUUUUGAUGCCCUGAGCUAUUUUUUUUAUUCAGACUUGGAGAAUAUUACACUAUUAUCCUGCUUCUACAUUCUAAUGCACAUGCCAUGAACAUCAAAUGCUAUGUAUACAUUCCCAAUAAUUAUUAUCAAAUGAUAAAAGUGUCACUUUGGUUUUCUUAGGUAGCCUGGUUAUUUAUUUUUUACAUACUCAUUUCUUUCUAACUUGUAUCAUAGUUUUAACUUUAUAUGUUUUGUUUUAGAGAGAGGUUGGUGGAUCAACAGAUCAAUGUAAGUACAUUGCAUGUGAUCUUUAGAUAUACAUGUUCAAUGAUAUAUAUGAACAUCAAUGUACAUAAUCUCCUUACUGUUCUAUACAUUUCUUAUGGAACUGGUAAGGAGAAUUUGUUGAACACUCAAGAGCCUCUCUAGAUGUUGAUCAUUUCCUUUAUUCUCAUGACCUUGAUGUGUGACUCAACAAUGAUACUUUAGGGAGAAAUUAUGGGUAGAUGUGAGUUACUCUCAGGGAUGAAAGAGUUAAUGUGGAAAUUAAAUACCAAUUAUAAGAAAAAGAUAGUUUUAUCUGUUACAUUGUUAUGCAAAAUUUGAAAAAAGUAGCUUUUAAUUUGAAAUUACAAGUUUAAAAUAAUUUUUUAUUAUGAUUUAUGACUACAAGUUUAAAAUAAUUUUUUUUACUAAAUGAAACUUUUUGGGGAGACUUUCCAAAAUUUUCAAAAUUGAGUUCAGACAUGCACAUUGUAUGGUAAACAAAAAUUUUGUGUUUUUUGUCCAAUGCAAACUUUUAUUAACUUAACAGACUCAUUGUGCAGGUGGGGUGGGUGGGAUUCUAUUUCUAAAUUUGGGAGGAAUUUUGUAUUUAUUAAAUCUAUUUCAUUUCUAAUCAGUAAUAACUCAGGAGAGCUCUAGGGUGUUGAAAGCUCGCCAACAGACACAGGCCAGAUUUGAAUCAUUUCUUCAAGAUGCAGUAGCUGAAGACAGGUGUGAAGUUUCUAUAUGUUUGAUAUCAAUUAUAAUAUUGAGACUCAAAAUAAUCAAACAACCAGGUUCAAAACAUGUCUACCAUGUGCUUGGGUUUUUUAAUACACUGUGCAUGCCUAACUUUGUCCCAUCGCAUGAGGGCCUGGACCUAAGUAUACUACAUAAAUGAACCCCAUUUUAGGCUGACAUCUUGUAUUAAGAAGACACUAAGUUAAAUUCUGAUCAAGUUGUCUUUGGUUGACACCCCUAUUAACACUUUAUGCCCUGACAUCAGUCUCCAUAUUCUCCAUACUGUUCUCUUUACAUUUCCUUUGGUACUGACAAGGGAAAUUUGUUUAACAAUCAGAGCUUCUUAGGUUGGUGAUCAUUUCCUUUAUUCUCAUAAUGUUAUUGAAUGAUUCAGUAGUGUUACUGUUAGGAGAAAUUAGAUGCUGGUCACUCCUAGAGAUGAAAGGGUCAAGUAGACAUGCACACCUAGGAUCUGUAUUCAAGUAUUCUUUAUCAAAAAUUUGAUAUUUUAGGAAAAAUGUGAAGAUUGAAAAUCAUACUUACUGGCAGGCCUUGUUAUGACAUGUUGUACUUUGCCAGUUUUCUGGAUAAGGCAUGUCAACCCAACUAAUGCACCUUUUCUGUCUUCAAUGAUAUUUGCAACUAAAUUACUUUAUAUUAUUCUCUCAUAACAGAGCAUACUUAAGAAUAGAGAGCCUUAUAGCUGUUUAAUAAAUAGCCAAUAAUGUACUUGCUAUAAGACUGUAGUAAAUCAAAAUGUUUUUACCAAUGAACGGUUUACUAGAAGCUGUUUUAGAGUGAAACCCAGUAGUAAGGGUGCUAUACUUCAUUCCUAUACUACCAAUUGAAAAUAAAAAUAGAUAGCAAGAUAUUGUCUUCAUGAGCAACUUAUUAACAUGUCAAAUUACUCACAAACAUUAUUAAGUUUACAAGAAACAAGAAAAAAGAAGAAGAAGAAGAGAACCCACACAAGUGAUGCAGUGGUAAGAUUUUUUUUUUAAAACAGAACUAAGUUUGCUAGAUAUUGAAUUCUUCAUAACUGAGCUAAUGGCCUAACAUUGAUGAGCUACAAGGAACCUCUAGUGCAAUAUUGUCCACAAAUUGAUUCUUGUUUUCUUUUUAGCUUGAGACCAUUAAGGCAGGGAGUCCUAUUGCUAAACCAACAUCGAAAUCAGAGGAAAAUCUCCUUCAGGCAAACUUAUACAAAGAUGGUAAGACAAGAUCUCUCUGGUCUCAAUAAAUAACGUAUGUAGCAAAUUUUGAGCUUUUUUUGUCACAUAAAAGAAGUAGUGAUUCACAAGGAAUCAAAUGACGAUAUUAACUAAAGAUACCACUAUGCUCUUCCACUAAGCUACAGGAUGCCCACAGAAGGAAAAGUUGGGCCUUCAUAGUAGUAGCAUCAGUAGUCUAUAUUAACUCUCAUCUUGGGAGGCUAUUCUAUAUUGAGCAGUUAACAAAUUUUUGGUAAGGAAGUUUUUGCAAGUCCUCUAGUUUCAGAAACAAAGCCAAACCACAACAGUGGGAGCUACAUUCCCUACUCUUUGUGAGAAGUGUGUGUGUUUUUAACGUCCCCCGCUAACCAGAACAAAGGAGAUGCAAGAGACAGAGCCUAUAUAGUUUAUUAUCCUUAUCUGAGAAGACUAGAAUUGUCCAACCAUUUGCAGAUGUCAUAGCAAAGGCAGCUCACUCUUCUUAGUUAUUUUAAGACCAUAAGUAUUAGUCUGGUCUGGGGCUUGAAUGCUUGACCUCCUGCAGGACAGUCCAACCCCCACCCUCCUGAGCUAACAAGGUAGUAAAAAUUUUUAAAGUGGAAAAGGAAUAAGAGAGAUGGUAACUUUUUCUUUACUCAACAUCUGAGACUAAAAUUUACCAAUCAUUUGUUCAAUGUUUUGUUAGAUGAUUCUAUACAGGAAGGAAAAGAAAAUAAACAAAGCUACAAAGAUCUGUUGGAAGGUUCAGUGACAGAGCCAGCCAGAGUGGAUGGCAACACUCCAGAAAGAAAGACUACUAAGAAGGCACGGCCCAAGAAGACUAGAACUUUGACAAGGUAGAGCAGUUAAGUGAAUAAAGCUGAUUAAUCAGAAAGAUAAGAGUUGCUCGGAUUUAGUCAAUCAAAAAGUCAGAUACCGUAGUCAACUGCUGAGAGUAUCACUGGAAGUAGAAGAGACAUAUGUGCAGACAGUCAGAUAAAGGUCAGAGAGUCACAAAGACAGUUAGAUUGUAAUUCAGAGAGUAAAACAAAAUCAUAAUCAGACAGAUAUUCAGAGAAACAUCAACACAAUAGUCUGGUGGAGAACAGAUGGACAAUUAGUCAAGAAGACCAGCUUACUGACUUAUUUAUGUACGUAAUCCUCUCUAUCUCUUAUGGGACACAAGGCAACAGCAAUCUCUUUCCAUUAGCCCUGUUUUGUGCAGUAUUUUUUGCAUUUUGUGUGAGUUUUACUUCUCCAAGCUCAGCCAUGACAAUUUGAAAAGUCAACCAUUAGAGGCAGUCACUCAAGUAGACAACUAGCCUUACAUGUAUACAUUUUCUCAUAUAGUCAUACUGGCACUAGCUAGUCAGCCACUGGUAGCUCUUGACCUUCUGAAUCAUAAUAAAUUGUAGUGAUCAUCACCUUAAGAAAGCCUUUUUUAAUUUUUAUUUUAGUGAACAAGGUACUCCAGAUGAGCCUGCAGAAAAGCCCAGAAGAAGGAAAAAACCUAAAACUCCAGAACCAGGUGUUGAUCAAGAAAGGGCAAAAGAAAAUCUUGGAUUUGAGAAUGAAGCAGCUCUGGAUGUAGAAGAUGUGAGCACUGAUAUGCAUGUGUGGUUAUUGAUAUUAUUUUUAAAAUAUUGAUGUUAUUUUACAAUUUUAGCACCCUAUAACUUGUGAUACAUGGCAUUCCCUUCAUUGUUUGUGUGUGCUAUGUCCUUUAUGAGUAUCAUUUUACAAACAAAUAAUUGUUAUCCAUAGGCUGGACAAUCAUCCACUACUACUCCAAAGAAAAAGAAGGGAAAAGUCAGAAGGAGACUUCAUGGUAUUUAGCCUUUUUGUUUGUUGUUUUUGUUAGAUUCUGUCCAUGUACAAGUCAUAGUUAUGACUGAUACAUUUUGAUGUCUCAUAAACUUAAAUGUAGCUGCAAAGCUGCAUACUGGAAACAAGGCAGUUUUUGAUUAGUUCAUUCUUCCUGCAAAGGGAAUUAAACAUAUAAACAUAUUGUCAAAAUUUGUUCCUUCAUGAUAAAGGAAAAAUUUUAUAUAGUAGGGCUUAAUUGAGUGGCAGGCCUAGAGAAGAUUUUUUUUUCAUAUUAGGGGUGUGGUGUCACCUGAACCCCCUUCAUAGCUGCACCCUUGAGUAAUAAACUUCACCCUACACCUUAACCUACUGUUUAGCUUUUUUAGGAAUUAUCUUUUUGUUAUCUUUAGACCCUGAUGCUGAUGACUCAUUGACAGUUGUGAAGAAAAGGAGCGAUGAUGGUUACAUUCUGUCAGUUACUGUCCAUCGUGCUGACAAUCUGAAACCUGAUCUCUUAAUUUCUCAUCCAAUGGUAAGAGUCCAUGUGGUUGAUAUGGAAACAGGGCAAUAUGUCAAGAAAUCCGACAGGUAAACACAUCUUAAUACACAUUGCUAUUUCCUUGUACAAGUAGGUGGUUGUUUAAGAUGAAGGGGGUAAGUUCCUAAAGAAACUGUGGUGCUGCCUCAGUGGCAAAAUGUGACAGGGUAACUUAGUAUUACCAAAAUAGUAACAAAGGUGAUAUUUCAAGUAUUUGCCCUUUGUCAGACAAGGGGCUAGAGCUCGAAACAUCAGCUUUGUAACUCUUUGUGGUGGCCAGUUCUUUUAGAUACAUGUGAUGGACAUGCUAAUUUUGUGAUAGGAAUAAUUGGAUUGAUUUCAAUAUAUGUACUAAACCUUUUUUUUCAGCAUGCUAAGGUGGAUUCUCAUCCCUUUGGGUUUUGUGGUAUUUGGGUCAAUGUUAAAUAACCUAAUUAAAGUUGUUCCUAGUCUGGUGAUAAGGGAUGGCUCGAAAUACUAUCCUAUGACCCAAAAUCAGUUUCAAUGACUCAAACCAAACAGUACUUAAGGGAAAGGAAGAGACACUACAUUAAUACUAAGAUUAAAUUAAAUUAAGGUUAAAGUUAACUGUUGCAAUCUUCAAUCGAAAAUCAUGCAGAUGGUCUAAAGGCUGAUGGGGGUUCUGUUCACAGCUGGGUUACUCACUACUUUGAUGAAAACUAUUGCAAAUUUUUGAUAUUAUAGUAUAAAUAAUGCACAUGGCACAAUACAUAAUUAUUUGGGAGGCCUGACAUAUUUAGAUAUCUUUAUUUAUGUUCCUGCCUAGGGACUUACAAUUUUUGGAUACUUUUCAAGUAGUGAAUUAGUUUAGUUUGAGUUCAAACUCAUCAUUCAAAAAGUAACAAUAAAGGUCUUUGAUGAGCAGUGUUGAAACAUGCAUUAUUUGAGUCAGGCAUGAUGAGAUUUUAACACUUUUCAAUUAUGAAUAUCAUGUCUCUCAUUUAUAGUUCUCGCAGUGUGACUUCCUACUAUGAAACUCAAAGUGAUGCUCCUGUUGACUUCAUAAUGCCUGUCAUGACACAGCCCUAUGAUUUUAAGAAAUACAAGUGAGUUAAAUUGUCACUAUUGUCUUUUCUUAUUAUUGUCCUGUCCCUAAGAAUUUCCAUUGCCCUUCUCUUCUUGUAAAUACCAUCUUUUGCAUUUGAGUUCAAACUUGUGAUCUUCAAGUGGAAGAAAUACAAAACUAAAAAAUUACACCACUUUCCAGAUGACUAAAAAAUGCACUUGGUGAACACUAAGGCUUUUGUGCUCUAUUCCCUAAUUUUCUUUUUAAACUUGAGUUGCCUUUGGAUCAAAUUGUUGUUGCUGCUAUUUAUGCCCCUACCAGGUGAUCUUUUCACUCUGACUUACAUGUUGCAUAUUGUCCUGGCUUACUGUCUCUUGUGGUUCUACAUGAAUUUAUUUCCAGGUCUUUGACACCAUCUUGGGAAGAAGUUCUUCUAUUCAACGAUGUAUUCUCUUACUUUUUAAGUCGCAAGGAAUCAGAUCCAAAAGUUAUAAUGUUUUUUGAGGUGAGGAUCACUUUUUGUAGCAAAUGAAGUUUGAAGGGGAAGGGGUGUGAUUGAUCCAGUUAAAAUAGAUGAGGUCGUUUAGCUUGGACCUUACAGUGGAGCGGUCACAAACCCUUUCUCAGAAUGAACAUCGUCUCGUUUAAAUUUGUCCCCUUUGAGCCUUGUGACUCUGAAGAUCCUGCUGAUCUCAUGCUUUUCGACUGAUAUAGUUAAAGGGAAACAGGGAAAUGGGUUAUUGUCCUAGAGUCAACAAAUCUAUUUCUAAGCAUUGACCAGCCAAAUUUCUUUCAAGGUAAUGUAACCAACUUACAGACAUAUACAAUAAUUUUCUAUUUUUCUGUAAGGUGGUUGACUUCUUGAGCAUGACAGCUGCAAAAAGAAGGAAAGGCGUGGUGACAGGUGACAAAGGAUGGUACCAUGUGGCAUGGGCGUUUCUAAAAGUAAGUUGCUUCAUUAGCUGUGUUAUGAGAAGGGUUGGGGAGGGGAGGGGGGGAGCUGUGUUCUUGUGGGGCAAACUUGUAAUAGGGUGUAAACCUCCGAUUGUUAGAGUGAAAAUUUCGUAUUUAAAGUUGAAUUAAUGACUCUUACCUCUAGUCCUUCUUGGAUAAAAAAAAAAGUUGUGGUUAUAAUGCAAUUAAAUGCAAUUUAACGGAAUUAACAACAAAGAGCAUCAGCGUUCUCUGGUACUCAGCGGGUUUUUUUUGCAUAUGCGCAUGCGUCGGAAUUCCAUGUGCUCUUCAUUUGAGGCGUUCCUAAGUGUGCUUUGAGCGUGAACUUGCAACGUUGUGAGGAGUGCCAGCUCAUCAUCCAGGCAGUUUUCCCACCCCUUCCCUCCCUCUUUCCACUGUUUACUCAGCGUCCCUUUCCUGUGUAUGGGCUCAUGGCUGGGUUGCCAGGAUUUGCCAGCCAUGAGAGAAGUCUCCUUCUAGGAGCUGAAUGUCAAUGGUGGAAGCUCCUGGAUGUCUCGGGCAUCCAACCUCUACUUAGCGAUGCAGUUGUUAACCAUGAUUUUGCACAACGACACAUUUUCACUGAAGCAAGGAAAGCGGACAAAGAUGAUGCUUUCCUUAUACAUGAGAAAGUUUUCAUUUCUUAAUGGGAAGUACUUUUGAGUGAAAAAGAAUUAAGUUCACAUAAUUUUUGUUUUUCCAAGGUUGUCGGUGGGAAUGGCGCACCCAACACGGAUAAAAAGGUUCGUCUCCAACUGUUCCAGCCUCCCAAGUCUACAAUCAAAACGAACAACAUAGUGGAGGUAAGAUAGCUGUUGAUAUGGUCACUAUGGGUUUAACCCUUUAACUCCCAUGAGUGACCAAGACAGAAUUUCUCCUAACAUUAUCAACACAAGAUCAAGUAGACAAGUGAAGAGAAUAAAGAAAAAUAUCGAUUAGGGGAUUGCUAGUUGAUCCAAUAUCAAAUUCUCUAACCUAACAUCAUAAUAAUUGUAUUGCAGACAGUAAGCUUCAAAAUUCUUUACGGUGGCCAAUGUACGUUAUCAACUCAGUUGAUAAUGCUGAACCACACUGUUCUUUCCCACCGAAAGCACCACACUUUUUUUCCAGCCACCAUCUCGUUGUAACUGUGGUGAUCUUAUCCACUCAGGUAUACCAGUGGUGGAAGUUAACCAAGCGAGUGCCUUACCCCUCCACUCUUUAUGUGACAUUAAAGGGGGUCCAGCCACCCAAGACUAUUGACCCGAGUUUGCGUUCUAUGUUUGCCAUCCAACAGGUUUGUCUCUUUUUUUUCCCCCUUUUCUUUGUGAACAUUAUGAUAGGUAUGGUGAACAUUCGGGUCUUUACAAACUGCCAACAGAGAUGUGUUCUGUGGAGUUUAAGCACUAUAAAGAAAAAUAACAGCUGCAACACAGAAACUUUAAAACUAGUUGCGAACAUUUAUUUCUUAUUUGAGAAAUUAUAACGAGGCGAAGUUAAAAAAUGCCGGUUUUUAGUUAGUUGUUAGUAUUUAUGGUAAGAUCGGUAAUAAUAAUACACUGAGUGAUGCUCCCACACCUGUCACCAUCAUCAGCUUGCCUUCUCUUUAAACCCUAGUUUGUUCGGGAAAUUGAUGUCUUAAAUUGUUUUGGUAAUUAGUUUAUUCUCGAUUACAGGAAAAGGGUAAGGUAUCGUUUGAGGAAUUUGGUUUGGAUGCUGAAAGACGAGCUCAUGGAAUGAGGUUUGUACCUUCCUUGCGCACUGACAUGUGCUGUUUUUUUUUGUGUGCAAUUUUUACGGGUUAAAUGAGCACAAGAAGGACCAAAUCGAUCGUGAUCUUAGGGUGUGGUGGUCGUUGAUGAAAAUCACUUGUCGUUCCCCCUCUCAGUCAAGAGUGUGAAUGAUUACCAGCAAACUGUUAUUUGGAGACAAAUCUAAUAUUCAAAAGGGGUUGUAGCCUGUCAUACAGUUACUGGUUGAUUAGCUCUAGUUCUAUUUGCUUAUUCUCAAGAUGCAAAGACCGAUUUCAUUGUCGGUUUGAUAGAGCGCUUUGUAUUGGCGUGGUGUAAAAUUAAAACCAUAAUAAUCACAAAGGCAAAGCACAACAAAUGCAAGUUUUUAUAGGAGUUGUAGAAUCCGGCAAACUGCUAAAAGGGACUGGAAAGCUAAGAGGUAACGAGUUGCCAUUGGAUUGGUUUUCGGUCAGACAUACAUAUGUCUCCAUCUGUCGCGCGUUUCAAGAAAUCUAGGCUACAUGUUUACGUCCAGAAAACCCGCAAUCUUUUUUAGUUAAAUAUUAACAAGACUGCAUAUUUCAAAUAUUUAAGUUUUUGAAAUGCAUCAGGAAUACAACCUUCUUGGAUAAAGUACAUAUUUGGUGCACUUGAAGUGAAGAAAAGUUACCCGUACAAUUCAAAGUUCUCUUUUCUGAUGUUGCAGAGAUGGAAAGAGUGACGAUGAACUUCAAAACUGGAGCAGGCUUCCCGGUCAGGUAAACCAACUUUUUUAUUUCAUAACAUGUCACUUGAAUGAUGUAGCUUAUUUUCAAUGGUGAUGGCCGUUUACAUUUAAGAACAAAGAUGCGAAAGACCCGUUGCUUCUCGCGGAAAGCAAAGGAAACGAUGGAAGAGAUCUAUACGCAGCCUAAACGUUGUUACUCAUAAUCUACAGUCAGACUCAAUGGUUUAUAAGCUUACCCGAUUCUUCAGUUAAUUUCAUGAAAUAAUUACUGAUUUAAAUUUCUCUCGCCGAAAAAAUGAUACCUUUGAAGUGGAGCGCCCCCUUUUUAGCUCAUUAUAAGGCGAACCUGAUCCCCUAUCCAAUGUUAAUGAUUACAAUACUUCUCUUUCGUGAUGGUUUUUUCCUGUAUUUUGAUUCUUGGCUGCAGAUGAAUCGUAUUCCAAACAAACAAAAUGCAUCACUUUUGUCAGGAAAGAGGGGCUGUUUUAUCCUCAAGUUCUCGCACAAUGGCAGGUAGUGCUAUUAGAAGUUAAAAAAAUUUUUGUAAGCUUUAAUAUGUUAAAACAAUGCUCUUCACUUAUUAGUUGAAUUUUAGCUUUGUAUGCUUUUCUCUGCAAGAAGCUUAAUGUAACUUCCACGAAGAUUUCCAAAUGUGCGUCAUUAACAAUGGUUUUAAAACUAAUCUCGCACGUUGAGAUAAUUUACUUACGCUCUUUGGUUCGUAAUCCAACUUUUCUUGGCACUGAGUAAUUUCUUACAGUAAUGCCGGGCUGUGAAAUAGAGUAACGUGCUAGUGAUCCAGUGCAGGCCCAUUCAUUCGAUGCCCGUAUAUCACGAACAAAUCGCUACAUUGAUCGUCAAGGCCAAGUUCUCGGGCGUGCUGAGAAUCUGUCCAUACUGAAUCUUGACUGAUUCUCCAGAAUGAAAAGAAACUCAGUGACAAGCCAACUUCUUUAGCACAGAAAUAACAUGAAAAGAGAUUGUGUAUGAGAAAGGUGUAGAGAAGAAACAGAACUUACAGUAGUUUGUCACAGUGACAUGUUUGACUCUAUUCCUAGAUACCUGGCUUGUGGGUGUGCAGACUUGGACAGCUUCCCUAUUAUUAUAUACGAGGUAACAAUUAAGCCACAUUUCCGCUGUGUCUGCACACGUAUUUUCGUCAUCUUCAGCUUUAAUGUCUUCAAUGUGCUAACGGUAUCUAGCAUCAUUUCGAUGUAUUUCCCAAAGAAUUAUAAGUCCAUUACCUUAGUUUGUUUCCUACAUCAGUGUUUUGCACACGGUUUUCUUUGUGUUUUGUUUAAUUAUUUAUUGAGUUAAUGUCUCGCACACUAUUUUCUUUGUGUGCUGUGUAAUAAUUUGUCACAUUAGUGUCUCGUGCACUAUUCUCUUUGUGUUCUGUUUGAUUGUUUGUUACGUUAGUGUCUCGCGCACUUUUUUCUCUGUUUUCUGUUUGAUUGUUUGUUACGUUAGUGUCACGUGCACUAUUCUCUCUGUGUUGUGUUUGAUUGUUUGUUACGUUAGUGUCACGUGCACUAUUCUCUCUGUGUUGUGUUUGAUUGUUUCCUACGUUAGUGUCACGCACACUAAUCUCUCUGUGUUGUGUUUGAUUGUCUGUUACGUUAGUGUCACGCACACUCUUCUCUCUGUGUUGUGUUUGAUUGUUUGUUACGUUAGUGUCACGCGCACUAUUCUCUCUGUGUUGUGUUUGAUUGUUUGUUACGUUAGUGUCACGUGCACUAUUCUCUCUGUGUUGUGUUUGAUUGUUUGUUACGUUAGUGUCACGUGCACUAUUCUCUCUGUGUUGUGUUUGAUUGUUUGUUACGUUAGUGUCACGCGCACUCUUCUCUCUGUGUUGUGUUUGAUUGUUUGUUACGUUAGUGUCACGUGCACUAUUCUCUCUGUGUUGUGUUUGAUUGUCUGUUACGUUAGUGUCACGCACACUAUUCUCUCUGUGUUGUGUUUGAUUGUUUGUUACGUUAGUGUCACGUGCACUAUUCUCUCUGUGUUCUGUUUGAUUGUUUGUUACGUUAGUGUCACGUGCACUCUUCUCUCUGUGUUGUGUUUGAUUGUUUGUUACGUUAGUGUCACGUGCACUAUUCUCUUUGUGUUCUGUUUGAUUGUUUGUUACGUUAGUGUCACGCACACUAUUCUCUCUGUGUUGUGUUUGAUUGUUUGUUACGUUAAUGUCACGUGCACUAUUCUCUCUGUGUUCUGUUUGAUUGUUUGUUACGUUAGUGUCACGUGCACUCUUCUCUCUGUGUUGUGUUUGAUUGUUUGUUACGUUAGUGUCACGUGCACUAUUCUCUCUGUGUUCUGUUUGAUUGUUUGUUACGUUAGUGUCUCGCGCACUAUUCUCUCUGUGUUCUGUUUGAUUGUUUGUUACGUUAGUGUCACGCGCACUAUUCUCUCUGUGUUGUGUUUGAUUGUUUGUUACGUUAGUGUCACGCGCACUAUUCUCUCUGUGUUGUGUUUGAUUGUUUGUUACGUUAGUGUCUCGCGCACUAUUCUCUCUGUGUUGUGUUUGAUUGUUUGUUACGUUAGUGUCACGUGCACUAUUCUCUCUGUGUUGUGUUUGAUUGUCUGUUACGUUAGUGUCUCGCGCACUAUUCUGUCUGUGUUGUGUUUGAUUGUUUGUUACGUUAGUGUCACGUGCACUAUUCUCUCUGUGUUGUGUUUGAUUGUUUGUUACGUUAGUGUCACGCACACUUUUCUCUCUGUGUUGUGUUUGAUUGUUUGUUACGUUAGUGUCUCGCGCACUAUUCUCUCUGUGUUGUGUUUGAUUGUUUGUUACGUUAGUGUCUCGCGCACUAUUUUCUCUGUGUUGUGUUUGAUUGUUUGUUACGUUAGUGUCACGUGCACUAUUGUCUCUGUGUUGUGUUUGAUUGUUUGUUACGUUAGUGUCACGUGCACUAUUCUCUCUGUUUUCUGUUUGAUUGUUUGUUACGUUAGUGUGACGUGCACUAUUUUCUCUGUGUUGUGUUUGAUUGUUUGUUACGUUAGUGUCACGUGCACUAUUCUCUCUGUGUUGUGUUUGAUUGUUUGUUACGUUAGUGUCACGUGCACUAUUCUCUCUGUUUUCUGUUUGAUUGUUUGUUACGUUAGUGUCUCGCGCACUAUUCUCUCUGUGUUCUGUUUGAUUGUUUGCUACGUUAGUGUCACGCACACUAUUCUCUGUGUGUUCUGUUUGAUUGUCUGUUACGUUAGUGUCACGCACACUAUUCUCUCUGUGUUGUGUUUGAUUGUUUGUUACGUUAGUGUCACGUGCACUAUUCUCUUUGUGUUCUGUUUGAUUGUUUGUUACGUUAGUGUCACGCGCACUAUUCUCUCUGUGUUGUGUUUGAUUGUUUGUUACGUUAGUGUCACGUGCACUAUUCUCUGUGUGUUCUGUUUGAUUGUUUGUUACGUUAGUGUCACGUGCACUAUUCUCUGUGUGUUCUGUUUGAUUGUUUGUUACGUUAGUGUCACGUGCACUAUUCUCCUUGUGUUCUGUUUGAUUGUUUGUUACGUUAGUGUCACGUGCACUAUUCUCUUUGUGUUCUGUUUGAUUGUUUGUUACGUUAGUGUCACGCGCACUAUUCUCUCUGUGUUUUGUUUGAUUGUUUGUUACGUUAGUGUGUCGUGCACCAUUUUCUCUGUGUUCUGUUUGAUUGUUUGUUACGUUUGUGUCACGCGCACUAUUCUUUCUCUGUUCAAUUUGAUUGUUUGUUACGUUUGUGUCUCGUGCACUAUGCUCUGUGUGUUUUGUUUUAUUUUUCGUUACGUUAGUGUCUCGUGCACUAUGCUCUCUGUGUUCUGUCUGAAUUUUCGUUACGUUAGUGUCUCGUGCACUAGUCUCUCUUAUUUCUGUUUAAUUGUGUGUUACGUCAGUGUCUCGCGCACUAUUGCCUCUGUUCAGUUUUAUUUUUUGUUACGUAAGGUUCUUAAGCACAUUUCUCACUAUGUUAUGUUUGAUUGUUCGAUACGUUGGUGUCUGGCGCACUAUUCUCUCUGUGUUCUAUCAGAAGUUCGCCCUUUGAUUAACCUACUACCUACUCUUUUUCUGUGUGCUUUUUCUUUGUCCAUGUUAGUAUUGUGCACUGUUUUAUUUGUGUUCUGUCUAAUUGUUUGUUACGUUGGUCUCUUGGUUAUACGCUUUAGGUCUGGCCCAAAAUAUAUCCAUGCCCGCAAACAUUAACUUUAUCCUUUAUACUAAUGAUGGAGAGGCAUUGGUAGAGAGGACUACUACGGAUCUGAGCUGGAUUUUUUGAAGACUUUUUGCGUGUAUAAAGAUGUUUUUGCCCUUUAUGACAAACUUACUGCAAUAGAGAUUCUUUUGAAACGAAUGACAAUUCAGCAACGUUACAAAGUUUUAAACUGGCCUCCAUGAGAGAGGGUCUUUAUUUUGCUUUUUUUAUUGUCAGGUACCAUCAUAUGAAACUUGCGUUCAUCUUCCUGGACACUUCAGUAUCAUAUAUGACUUGUGUUGGUCACCUGACGAUUCUGAACUUCUGUCGACCUCUUCAGAUGGAACUGUCAGGUAAACAAUAAACUAACUGCCUUCUGUUGGAUUUUUACCAUGAUCUUCGUCGCCUUGCGGAUGAUUUUAUUUGAAUUGGAGAUUUAAGACAACUGCAAAUCCUAUCAGAAGUUCACCCUUUGAUUAGCUUACCACCUACUCUUUUUCUUUGUCCAUGUUAGUCAGCAACCUUAACUUGGCUUCUAUCAUUUGUCCAAUGAACAGAUGCUGGGACACAAAGACGAUGAUGACGUCAUCUAUCAAGCUGUAUCCACACCCGUGUUUUGUGUAUGCAGCACAAUAUCACCCAGGCUCCCCUCAUCUUGUGGUGACCGGGGGAUAUGACCACCUUAUAAGGAUAUGGACGAAACUGAGCGAUGGACUCAAUGGCAAGGUAAAAUGACUUCAUUGACAGACUGUGCAUGUUCGCGACGUCGAUAAUAAUUUGAGAAGAGUUACACUUAAAACGCCACCGAGUCGUUGGUUAAUUUACACCGUGUUGUUGGUUUUGAUAAGAAAUAUCAGGAUAUUGACAUUGACACUACGGAAACCCCUUCACCAACACAGUGAUAUGGAUUGUGUCCUCUGAUUAUCGGUGUGAGCUUGGUCCUGAAAAGGACCUUCACUAAACUUAAAAACAGCUCUUCCCUUGACUAUGGUAACGACUUCCCUUCAGUUUAUUGAAACGUCAUUCACUGUCACCUUCAAAAGUCCUUUUCAAUCUACGCUUACUUAGAGGAUCAGGUUACACUUGCUCUAAAGAAAAUGUAACUUCGAGUCCUAAUUUUCAACGUUUAAAAUAAAGCACUCGGAAAACUUUGGUCAAAUCUAAUAAGCUUUUAAAAAUUGGUGCGUUUUAAAAGUAAUGUGUUACUGUACAUACAUCUUGGCCGCUGAGAAUCGUUACGUAAUACAGAUUUGUUUCUUAAGUGUGGCAGAUUGCAGAUUUGCAGUCUCUGGCUCAACUGAUCUUAAAAACUAACUCGCGAAACUUGUAAAACGUUGUUAAUAUUAAUUGGUGUUAUCCGCAGCUUCUGAGAGAAAUUGAGGGACACAGUGGCUUUAUCAACAGCAUCUGCUUCGACCAAGAUGGUGAGUCCUGCUUUAGUCCAUUACUUUAAAUAGUUGAGGGUGACUGUUCUUGCCAUGAAAAGAGGUUUCCAAACUGAAGAAAUUUAGACGCAAUUAUUCCCUUUUUCCCUGCUUAAUGCGCAUGCCUCGCUUCCCACUGCUCAACUGCGCAGGGACACCUUUUUGCCCCGAUUUGAUGGACUCGCGCGACAGAUUACGCUGGGAGAGAAGGACUCCUCUUACUCUGAAUAAAGAAAUUGCGACAACCGAUCAGAGCGAGGUAACCACAACGAACCAAUCAGAACUCAACAUUAUCCUGACUUUACUGCAACUUUCGAUACUAUCUUUCCUUCAAGGUGCUAAGAUGUUUUCAGCAGACAGUAACGGGGUGGUUAUGAUUUGGAACUCGUAUGUUCAAGCACAAGCAGAUACAAAAAAGAAGAGAAAAGGAACUGGUGGUAAGACAAACGUUGAUUAAAAUCGCAAAUCACCAGCUUGUCUCAUAUUCAAAUACCUCUUUAUCCCUUCCAUUCGAGAGAGAAUUGUGCCAUGUACUUGUUACUUGUGUGCAUCUCGCGUUGGUUAUUUGUAAUUUUUCAUUUGUCAAUAUCAUCAGUCAGGACGACGAAGAUGUUAACCCUUUGACUGCUUAGAGUGACAAGCAUCGCAUUUCUUUUUACUAAAGAAGCUCUUGAUUGGUAAACAAAUUCUCCUUGUCAGCAUAGCAGGGAAUGUAUAGAGAAAGUAUGGAGAAUAUGUAAACUGAUGUUAGGGAGCAAAACGCUUUUAUAAAAUAAUUACUGUUGUACUCCGAGAGCUGAGAAAAUGAGGAAGGGUGACUUGGGAUGGACUUACAUCUCACUCAGGAGGAGUAGCAAUAUUCCUUGAUGCUUAUGCGAAAUACGAAUAAGCUCCAGUAGCUUUGCGAGCUAGUUUCAUGUGUAGACUAUGCCUUUUUAACAUUCAUGACAAAGGUUUUCACCGAAACUUAGAAGUCAUAUUUGGCUCACUUCGACCAUUUACCACUGGCGUAGUCAACUUUAUUGUUGGUUUUAAUCAUCUCCAAAACAGUUUAAUCAGACUGUUAAAAAAUUUAUUUCUGUGAUUUUCAUUUACUAGGUUACGUUCACGACUGGACGCUGGUUAAAAAAGUAGCCAUUGAUGAAAUUCAGGUUGGUGGUUUGAUUGUCACUUGCAGAUUUAAUCCGCCUUAUUUCAGCACUGGUUUCUCUUCCACUGUUUCUCUCAGUCUUACAGUGCAAUAGUCUUCGUUAGUUACUUAGUGAAUGUACCAUUUACUUAAUAACUUGCAUUGUCUUACCGGCCAUUUCUUCUGAAUUUGAAGGGUAACGUCAUCAACUCGCUCUGUUUACAUCCCAACGGCCGUAAGAUUCUGAUUCACGUGCGUAACAGUGUGCUAUGCAUGCUGGACCUGAGGAGCUAUACCGUCAUGCAACACUACCUUGAAGCCUCAAACUUUAAGGAACACAUUCGUAGCACUAUGAGUGCAUGUGGCUGUUUCGUUAUCGGAGGCUCAGAGGAUGGGCAUGCGUAUGUGUGGAACACAGAAACAGGUAAGUCUUGUUUAAAACCUUAUUUUUAGCGGAGCAUCUACAUCAGAUAAUGUUGGCCCUAGUGUAACCCUUUGACUCCUAAGUUGACUAACAUCUAAUUUCUCCAUACAAUAUCACCCCUGAAUUACACUUCAAGGUCAUAAGAAUAAAGGAAAUAAUCACCAACCUAGAGAAGCUCUUGAUUUUUAAAAAAAUUCUCCUUGUCAACUCCAUAGGAAAUGUACAGGGAAUAGUAGGGAGAAUUUGCAAGCCGAUGUUAGGUUAGAGCGUUAAGCUCUGAAAGGCCGGGUUGUUAUGUGUGUUUUAAGGCCGCAAAUUUGAGCCACUCCCUCACUGCCACUCUUUCACUGGGAGUUUUAAUAUUCUUUGGCCACAUUGGUAGGAAAACCUGUAAAAUUUCUAAGAGAUGACUCUAAUGCUAUGAUGACUUCUGCCUCAGCCUUAAUGAGGAGGAAACCAACACUUCUAGUCGCCCUAUGCUUUUGAGAGCCGGGAUAACUUAGUGAUACAGGCCCCUUGAUGUGGGUUAUGGUUUGCAGUACACUCUGAGAAUGAUCUACGUAUAUAAUAAUCAGUAUGAAGGAAUUUUCCUUUCAACUGCACAUUUCAGGCGACCUGGUAUCAGUGUACAAAUCACUUGGUUAUCAUCAUGCCGUGUCAGAUGUGCAGUUUCAUCCUUUGGAUCACAUCAUCGCCUUCUGUUCAUUUGGUGACUCACAUCCUGUUCUCGUGUACCACUAUGACCCCAAAGGUUUGUUUCAGAGAAAUAUGCUGUAUCAUGUUCACACUUGAUUACAUCUCUUAGUUGGUACGUGAAAAAUGAUGAGUCAAUUUAGCGAGCUGUAUUUCACUGAACGGCCCGCUAAAUUCAAAAUUUUGUUGGAACUGAAAUCUUUCUCCUCAAUUUGAACUCAGAGGCAUAGUAUAUAUCUUACUAACCUCGUUUCACGGUCCUUAAAUCCGAGCGGAAAAAACUCGGUCUGUAACUUACAAUACGGACCUCAAACUCGGUUGAUAAGAGGUAUGGUAAUGAUGAUUGUAAUGGUUACCAUGAUAAUGCACAUGAUAACAAAGAUGCUAGUUGGUGGAUUUGAGUUCUCGAGGCAUACUCUCCUCUUCAUUGUUUGUUUCUGUCGCCAGCUGCGAAAGAAGAAGCGAAGAAAUUUAUGACUUCCCCAGUGACAUCCUCCAAACAAGCUGCUACGUCACAGCAGAGCACAGCCACCCCUGAUGACGUUACCAGGCCUGCGCAGAUGGCUGAUGCAGCCAAGGACUUGCUGCGCAUGCGAAAAGUCAAGCAGAAACUGGACUCCGUUCUGGUGGGUGUGGAUUAUUUCUCGUUUGAGAGAGGACUAACGCUAAUCAGCUUGUCGACAUAUAGGGUGUUUAAUUGCGUACGCGAAAAAUGACUGAAUGGGAGACAUUGAGUAAGGGGAGCUAGUUGGUAAGACCUGUCGAGAUUGGCCUUGAUCUUUUGGACCUGGGUGGAAUAAAUAGCCUUUCUAAUGUUUCUGCCUACUCUGUCUUUUUUUCCAGUUUCCGUUCGCCGUUUCUCGCAUUCAGUAUAUCUUAAAAGCGAAGUUUGUGUGAGCCUUAAAAAACUGGAAAACACGUUGCGUUUUGACGAGUUCUCCUUUUCGUGUUGAUUUUAUAUCGUGACGUCCUUAUCAUAUGAUUUUACUUAUCAUUUCAACGGUGGAGAACUUUCGAAACUGGGAUACUCGCACUCUCUCUCGAUAGUGCAGAGUUAUUACAAGUCAGAGAAACUGUUAACUUUAUGUUCAUGGUUCCUUUUCUUUUAAUAAUUCUAGACUUCUUACCUUGCUUACGCACGUCAUAUCCUUACAUUCGAUAUGAUUAGACACCUUUGUUCACAUAGAGGCCAUGUAAUGUAGUCGCUGUAUCUCUCGCUGACGAGAUUUGUCUUAUAGGGUGAUGGUUUUUUUUCUCUAGAAAAUACCCCUAGCAAUUUCGACUGCUUGUUUUUCAACUUUUUUUGCUUGAUGAAAAUCAAAUAAAAGGCAUUCAUUUUGUUACUGGAGGAGUGUCUCAGUCUUUCGUGAGCAAAAUAUCGAGAUCUUCCAAUCUCCGCAAUAAAUUUUUGUUUCUCCGGUUGUCUCAGGAAACACCGGCGUCUCCCGGCGUUAUGGACAGAGCACUGCUGAGAACACCAGGGGCAGACAGCAUAAUGUUCCAAACCCCAGGGACACCUGAUAGUGCCGCAUAUCCCGGAUCUGUAACCCCGGGAAAGAGACCAGGGAGCGUUACGUUUCAGUUUCCAGAAAGCUCUGAGCGAACAUACCGCCAAGGCUUGGGUACUAAUGUGAGUCUUUCAACCUGGGGUUCAGACUUCUCUCCGGCUGGGUACAGCACAACUCCGGGACAGGUAAGUCAUGAAAAUCCAGUUCAUCUUGAAGUCAGCUUAAACAGAAGUAUUAGUCUCCUGGCAGUUAGAAAAAUAUUCAGAUGCACGAAUUGACUCAAUCAUAACCACAAGCAAUAAGAUAAAAUCCAACGAAAAGAAAAUUGUCUAAAAAUAUGACUUGCCCCUUAUUGUUUCUGUGUACACUAGUUACGUUCACUCUUCAUCUUUUAACAUUCAAGCAAACCAGUUUUUAGUUCUAGCCAAAAUCGCGAAUUGUUGAACUCAAUGACAUGAACAUCCAAAAGGUUUCUGGAAUGUUGCGUUCAGAAGAGGCUAUUAAAUAGAAGAAAUACUACAAUCAUGUGAGCCACCUCUCUCCACGAGGACACCCCUCUCUUUUAAGCCCAAGUGUGUUUUUUUUUUACUGCACCCUCCUUCUCCACCUCUCUCUUAGUCAAGAACUGUACAAUAGCAAUUUUAUUGUUAUUCAUUUAAGCUGGUAGCGUUUCAUUACAAAAGAUACUUUUACUAAGAAGCCUGUUUUAGUUUACUUUUUUAAAUAUCGCGGGUUUUAAACCGAAGAUAUUCAUUCUGUGUACGUUUUUCAUCAAAUGAGGAUGACAAUUCAGGAGGAAAAAAGUGAAUCACAUUUUGGCUCCUAGUUAGUUUUUGAUUAAGCCUCUUCACCCUCUCUAUUUAACCUCCGUGUAGAAGACUCAGAAAUUCAGAAACCCCUAGGGGGCUUAUUUCAGCAUUGAUGGUACUCGAACUGUAGACUACAAUAAAUUGAUAUGUGGUAAUUGUUCGACAAUUUCCUCCCCACAGGUCCCUUAUGAUCCACCGCUUUCGCCGCAUGCCCAGCAGUACCUGGGGGCGUCGGGUCGUUUCGAGUCUCGAAAGAUGUUUGCGCAGCAGAAUAAUAGAUACGGCAGCCCAAUACAAGGAGCGACUAAACCCCAACCCUAUCAAACACCCAGUAAGUUUAAGAUGUUUUGACAGGUGAAGAGUGCAGAUGAAAUCUUAUUAUUCAUCACUUUACGCCUUCCAAUAACUGUUGUAUUUAUUUCACAGUUGGAGUCUCACGGUCAUGGUUGAAGAGGCCUUCUCUAAGUAUGAACAUUGGUGACACGCCUGGACCAUUGGUGAGCUUUUUGCCCACCUGUCUGUCUUCUUGUUUGCUUGUUUGUUUGUGCAUCUGUCCGUCUGUCUUGCUCUUUGUCUUUGUGUCCGUUUGUCUGUCUGUCUGUAUAUGUCCAUCUGUCUCCCUGUCAGUCUGUCUGCCUGCCUCUCAGUCUGCCUGUCUGCCUGCCUCCUCAGCACCUGCCUGUCUGCAUAAAGAAUAGACUAGAUGUUUAUGUUAUGUUGGAUACCUGUUUUAGUUUAUUACCCCUCGAUGGGUUUCCUUGUAAGGUUGAAUCAUUUUUGCAAUGUCCAACCACUCAACGUGUUGCAGCUUUCACUUACCCUGUUCGUUCUACUUUGAUACUUCAAGUAUCAAAGUAUCAGAGUUUCAAAGCUGAAGUUUCGAGCGUUAGCCCCGAAUCAUUCGCUGUGACGAAGGGCUAACGCUCGAAACGUCAGCUUUGAAACUCUUAACGGUAGCCAAUAUACGUAAUCAAAUCAGUUGAUAGAACCAAAUUACCUUAGUAUUUUGAUUGCUUCUCUCAAUCAUCAGAGUAUGUCGCACCUCAGCAGUGCUCGGCCCAAGUUCACUUUCUCUGACUCACCAACAGCGCAAAUGUUACAAGAAGAGUCGACACCAAGGAGAAAGGUUUGUAUUGGUAAUGUACAAGACACCCAUUUGAGUCUCGUAAUACCGAGAUCAUAAAAUCAAUUUAUCACAAACUGAAGAAGGAGGCAGAGGUAAUUUGGGUUUGUGUGCAAUUCAUUUUGUGGCGCUUGUCAAAUAACGAAAAACUUCGGUCAAAACACCUCAAACAUGAAUAUUCACUCAAGAUUGUUGGAAACCUCCAAAACACCAACAACAAAAUUUUAUCGGGUUUGAGAGUUUUUUUUUUCUUGUUUAUCCAUUUUUCUUCUCGAUCCUUGACAUUUCUGUCGGAAGUAACACUGGCCUUACUCAUAGUUUUUCUUUUUCCGCUCUCAUCCAAAAGGUUAUAGCCAUGUACCCUUAUGAUGCCAGCAGAGCGGAUGAACUGACUAUUCAACCUGGAGACGUCAUCACGGUUCUUUUCAUCGACAGUGAAAAUUGGUGGAUGGGCGAACUGGCUGAUGGGAGGCAGGGCUACUUUCCGUCUAAUUACGUCAUGGAACAAGGUGAGAUUCAAGAAACGUUGACGAAUAACUGUAAAAGGAAGGCAUCUGUCCACCUUUACUCGAGCAAUUCUUACACUUAACUUGCUUGCUUCGUUUAGUCCCAAUGCGUUUUGUACGUGCUUAUAUCUACGAACUUUGUGCGUGUAAAAGGAAUCAACUUGCAACCAUGCAGGCUCAAUUCUCACCGCUCUUUCAGGUGCAGACCUCGAUCCUUCCGUGAAGAAGGAGCUGAGGAGCGCGGGCUCCUUUCAUAAUCAGUAGCUGGUAAUCGAGCGUGCGUAGCCAUGGAACUAUAUGAACACGUACUUUAGUAAACUUGCGUUUAUUCUCAUGAGUACUUCAUGUAAACUUUGUUUGGACAUUCAAGUCUCCUACCCUUGUCACAUUUAACCACCACCUUUAAAUAUUAUUUUAGUUACUGAUCGCGUCCGGCCAGUGUAAUUGGGUAAACCAUAACUAUAACCCUCAGUGCAUAGAAUGAUUUUCGGUGAUAUCUGAAGCUGUCUGUGUCAUUAUUACAGGGGACCUCGAGUCUGAAGGUGAUCUACAAGAAACAACGGCACCAAGUGCCUCGAGCGCGACCAAGCAAGAGUCCAAAGUCAACACACAGGUCUGCACAUCCUAACAACAGAAAAACAACCAUAGUCUGUUUAGAAAGAUGAUGCUGUUCAGUUUGUCAGUUAUAAGAGUUAAUUUAGUGCCCCAGAAAAAGUUAACCAAGGAUACGUUGAAGUGCCUUUCUGUUUCAUUGAACAACUCCGUAUCUGUGUUUUUUACUGUUUUACAGAUGACAGCGGUUAUCACUAAAUCUGGUGAUCUGAAGAUUAUAUCAGGACCUGAGGACAGCAGCGAUGCUGAGGGCAAACUUAACAGCUCGUAAAUAAUUUUUUUUCCUUACGUAUUUAAAUAAAUGCUAACUUAACCGGCAUUUCCUGCUGUGGAAGACUUGCUUAAUGACCUUGCGGUUUUGUGAUGUUCUUGCGACCCUGAUUGGUAAAGCGCAGCGCUCUCUACGGGGGGCAAGUCUCAAUAUCCUUGCGGCCACCCAUCAAAUAAGAUCCCUGUAGAAUCUUUUUUUGAUGACAUAUUCAUUAUUGGAAUCAAAAUUAACCCUUUAACUCCCGUGAGUGACCAAGGUAGAAUUUCUCCUUACGAUAUCAAUACAAUAUCAAGCAGACGAGUGAUGAGAAUAAAGAAAAAUAUCAAUUAGGGAAUGAUUAGUUGAUCUAAUACCAAAUUCUCCAAACUAACAUCACAAGAACUGUAUGUCAGACAAUAAGGAGAAUUACUAAUGAGAUCUUGGGAGUUAAACGGUUAAGAGGUUGUUACCACUGUAGACUCCUGAUCAAACAGUUGUUCGAUCAAUGGCAAGGCCGUACAUUUCUUCAACCUGAACCGAGGGGUGUACUAAUCGAUUUGAGUUGACAGUCUGAAACAUUUUUUUCGUCAGGGCACGCCACAGAAGAAGGCACCGGGAAAAAGAAAAGGAACGACAAUCGGAGGAAACUUCAGAGAAAAAAGUUUCACCAACUCGGACGAAAAAGAGAUGA